GCAUUCCGCUUUUCUCCGUCCCCCCCCCUUCCUGUUUGGCGCACGUCAUCGCUUGGCGACCGGAUGCGGGUUUCCGGGAAAGGCCUUGGGGAGUGUUGUCUUGUGUGGAGGGAGGUCGAGGGCGCUGUGUGGUUGGGGUCGCAGGUCCUGACCUCGGCGUACCCUCUUGCACGCCGCGCUUGGCUCAGCCAUGGAGAGCGGAGGACGCCCCUCGCUGGUCCAGUUCAUCCUUCUGGGCAGCAGCUCUGUCGUCACCGCCGUCCUGUACACGGUUUACCGGCAGAAGGCCCGGGACGCCCAAGAACUCAAGGGAGCUAAAAGAAUCCACCUGGGUGAAGACUUGAAGAGUAUCCUUUCAGAAGCCCCAGGAAAAUGUGUGCCUUAUGCUGUCAUUGAAGGAGCUGUUCGGGCUGUUAAAGAAACGCUUAACAGCCAGUUUGUGGAAAAUUGCAAGGGCGUGAUCCAGCGGCUGACGCUUCAGGAACACAAGAUGGUGUGGAACCGGACCACCCACCUCUGGAAUGACUAUUCCAAGAUCAUUCACCAGAGGACCAACACAGUGCCCUUUGACCUGGUGCCCCACGAGGACAGCGUGGAUGUGGCCGUGCGAGUGCUGAAGCCCCUGGACUCCAUGGACCUGGGCCUGGACACCGUGUACGAGAAGUUCCACCCCUCCGUCCAGUCCUUCACGGAUGUCAUCGGCCACUACAUCAGCGGGGAGCGACCCAAAGGCAUCCAGGAGACCGAGGAGAUGCUGAAGAUCGGGGCCACCCUCACGGGGGUGGGCGAGCUGGUCCUGGACAACAACUCCAUCCGCCUGCAGCCCCCCAAGCAGGGCCUGCAGUACUACCUGAGCAGCCAGGACUUUGACAGCCUGCUGCAGCGGCAGGAGUCGAGCGCCAGGCUCUGGAAGGUCCUGAUGCUGGUGUUCGGCUUCGCCACGUGUGCCACCCUCUUCUUCAUCCUCCGAAAGCAGUAUCUGCAGUGGCAGGAGCGCCUGCGCCUCAGGCAGAUGGAGAAGGAGUUCCGGGAGCGGGAGGCCCAGCUGCUGAGCCGCGCCGCGCCCGAGGACAGGGAGAGCCUGAAGAGCACCUGCGUGGUGUGCCUGAGCAGCCCCAAGGCCUGCGCCUUCCUGGAGUGCGGGCACGUCUGCUCCUGCGCCGAGUGCUACCAGUCCUUGCCAGAGCCCAAGAAGUGCCCCAUCUGCAGGCAGGAGAUCGCCCGGGUGGUUCCCUUGUACAACAGCUAACUGUGGGUCUUGCAGCCCCACAGUUCCACACAAAAGGAACCCUCUCCUUUUUAGGGUUUUUAUCGCUAGGCCUUAGAGAAGCAGUGGUGGGGAUGGCCGUGUGAUGGAGGGGGGGAGGGACGGGGGGAGCUGUCCAGACCCCGCAGCCCUCGCAGUGGAGGGAAAUUUGCCUUUCUGGCCUGAGAGGGGACCCUUUCCAGCACAGCGGGCGCCUCAGAGCCCCACUGCAGGACCCGGUGAGUGCGUGUGUGACCGAGGACGCCUCAUCGCUUAAGCACCAAAGCCAGUGACCUUCAGCUCUUUCAUUCCUGUGUCUUCAGGUCCUUUCCGGUGAAGUGUGCGUUCUCGUGGACUUGAGCCUUGAAGGACUCAGCCAGAGGGGAGGCAAAGGUGGGCGCUCUGCGUGGUAUGUGCCCCGCAGAGCUGCCUCUGAAGAAAGAGACUGUCUGGUCUUUCUCGCCUUUGCUUACAUCCCAGGGAAAAGCUGUCAGCAUGGAUAUAUCACUUGUGUCCCUGUACCUGCUUGCCUCCUAAGUGUGUGCACGCACAUGUCAGGACAGAAAGUGAAAUCCAGCAUCUGCCUUCUUUCGAAGAGGACGGAACUCUGACCAGUGGAGUGCAGAGUGGUCACGGGAAAGGACAGUUGGAGCAGUGGUCAGUUCAGCAGUCCCUUGGCUGUAGCCCUCCUGGUGUCUCCACUGCCCCGCAGGGAGGGCCGCCAGAGCAGGCCUGCCACCCAUAUCUGGAGCUCUGAUGCCUGCGGGGGCUGCCAGGUGACCCUGGUUUUCCCUGCCUGAGGUGAGCUGGGAAGCACUCACAUCCCACUGUGAGCAAUGAAGCUGCCACCACCUGGGCCUUCUGGCUGGCUCAGCCCCUCUCCAAGGCUCUCACCAAGGAAAAGUCACCAGCCAGCAUCCUGUGCACAGAGCCUCUCCUGGCUCCCCACUCCCCUGGUAAAAAGUCAAAGUCGACAUCCCCCCGGGGGGAUCCCAUCGCCCCUUCCUUCAUUUCUGUUCGCCCCUCCUGCCCUGCUUGAGUUUGUGAGACAAGUGGGGGAACCUCGCUUGCCACUUGAGUAGUCCUCUCUCUCUUCCCUGGUUCUGAAUGUCCAUUCUCCCCAACCCUCCUUUGUGCGGGGAGGUGGGGUGCUCUCAGGGGGCCGACACCAGUUCUAUGCAGUGUCCAGUGUGGACAGCAGAAAUUAAAUUUGCUACAACCAA